GUUUCAUUUUUCACAGGAUGGCGCGUCCCCUGUAGAACGCUGCUAUGACGUAACGCCCAUUGCAGCCUUCCUCGAAAAAGUCUCGCUCUUUUAAUCCGAUUUGUCGUAGGUAAACCUUAGGCGAAGGUCGUAUGUUGGUGCGCUUGUGAUCGUUUUGCCUACCGGGAAUCAUGUUCGGCGGUUCCACGUUUCCCCCGGGGACGAAUAUCCCAAAUCCGAAUAAGGACUUCGAAGUGGUUGCUCCCCCGGACGACACGGUGUCGUGCAUUCGUUUCAGCCCGGGUUGCCUUCCGCAGACCUUUCUCAUCGCAGGCAGUUGGGCGAACGACGUGCGAUGCUGGGAGAUUCAGCAGAAUGGAACAUCUGUCCCAAAAGAUCAGAAAAUGCAUCAAGGGCCUGUCUUGGAUGCUUGUUGGAGCGAUGAUGGGACAAAGGUAUUCACAGCCUCCUGUGAUAAAACAGUGAAGUGCUGGGAUUUGGGCAGCAAUCAACAUGUCCAAGUUGCUCAGCAUGAAGCACCAGUGAAGUCUUGUCACUGGAUCAAAGCACCUAACUAUACAUGCCUCAUGACAGGAUCAUGGGAUAAAACUAUCAAGUUCUGGGAUACAAAAUCUCCAUCACCCAUCCUCACUAUCAACCUGCCAGAGAGAUGCUAUUGUGCUGAUGUUAGAUAUCCCAUGGGAGUGGUGAGCACAGCUGGAAGAGGGAUCAUUGUCUACCAGCUGGAUACACAGCCACGAGAAUACAAGAAGAUCGAGUCCCCACUCAAGUACCAGCAUCGGUCUGUCAGUAUCUUCAGUGACAAGAAAGGAGACCCAAUCGGUUUUGCCAUUGGGAGUGUGGAAGGUCGUGUGGCGAUCCAGUAUGUGUCCCCCCAAAAUCCCAAAGAUAACUUCACCUUCAAGUGUCAUAGAUCCAAUGAAACUGUCAAUGGCUACCAGGACAUCUAUGCCGUGAAUGAUAUAGCAUUCCACCCAGUGCAUGGCACUUUAGCAACAGUAGGCUCUGAUGGGAAGUUUAGUUUUUGGGACAAGGAUGCACGAACAAAGCUGAAAACGUCAGAACAGCUGGAUCAGCCAGUGGUGUGCUGUGGUUUCAACGCAAAUGGACAGAUCUUUGCCUACGCUGUCGGCUAUGAUUGGUCGAAGGCACUGUUCGGCAGUGCCCCGGGGAUCCUCACCACCCGUGUUGGUUAUGCUGGAGGCUCCCUUGCUGGUCCCACCUAUCACCAACUGGGAGAUCACACUGAGACUGUGGAUGUGGAGUAUGAUCCAAAUCAGACAACAUAUGAAGUCCUCUUGGACAUGUUCUGGAAGAACCACGACCCUACCAAAGCAUCGUCUCGACAGUACAUGUCGGCCAUCUUUUAUCGAGACGAGGAGCAGAAGAAAGCAGCUGAGGACUCCCUGAAGAAAGAGCAGAAAAAGAGAGUGAAGCGAAUUGCCACCUCCAUUGUUCCUCUCAUUGAAUUUACUGAUGCUGAACUGUACCAUCAGAAGUACCUGCUGCAGCGCCAUACAUGGCUCCUCAAUACCCUGGACUUGGAUCCAGCCGAUCUGAUCGGGUCUCGUGCGGCUGCUCGCCUCAACGGAUACGUCAACGGGUACGGGUGUCUCUCGACCUUCCAGGAUGAAGCUUCUCGAUUUGGGCUCAAUGAUGCACAGAUCCAAUAUGUCCAGCGGUUUGACAUGUCUUCGUCUGCCCGGCCUAAACUACUGGUCAUUGGAGCCAUAUCCCAAAACAAAGGCAUAGGGAAGAAUGGAACUCUUCCCUGGACCCUCAAGAAGGAGAUGGCUUACUUUGCCCGGAUGACAAAAACGGCCACGGAACCCGGAAAGAGAAAUGCCGUGAUCAUGGGACGCAACACCUGGCUCGGCAUUCCCGAAAAGAACCGACCGCUCAAGGAUCGUCUCAACAUCAUCAUCAGCACCACCAUGGAGUCGACGGACGACCCAGACGUUCGCGUGUGCCGCUCGCUCGAAGACGUGCUGGAUCUGGUGAGUCGGCCGCCGCUCUCCGACGCGCUGGAUCGCCUCUGGGUCAUCGGAGGGGAACAGGUGUACGAGGCUACCUUGCAAUCUGCAUGCUGUCAUCGAGUGUAUCUCACGCGGAUCUUCAAGGAGUACGAUUGUGACAGGUUCUUUCCCGACUGGGAUCCAUCGGCGUUUGACCUCAUCGGUGAUCAAGAUGUUCCAGAAGAUGUACAGGACGAAGGUGGGAUCCUCUACAAAUACGAAGUAUAUCAGAAAAAAUCAAACAGUUCGUCUUGAAUGCUUCCUUGGCUUUGGCCUCUACCUUUUGUAUUAAAAGAGUUGAAAAUGAA